GCGAAACUCAAGCAGGUGUUUGCGGCGAUUUUACCUGCGAUAGCGGAGAGCGAUAUCGAGGUCGGUGGUUUGGAAUUGGUGAAUACCGAGACUUCAAGGUAAGGCCGAAAAUGGUGUUUCGAAGCCAGCUUUUUCUACUUCAAGUAGACGUGAGAAGAUCGAUGUUGGCGUUCAUCUUCUACCAAUUCCAAUAUUGUAUGGUAUUUAUUCUUCUGUGCUGGGGGUCCACAACACCAUCUCCCUUUUGAGGGUUGCCAUAAAACUGAAAGCUGGAUAGUUCUAGUUGGUUCUAUAGAAGUACAUAGGUGCUAAAAGCCACCUUUUCUAAUGAAGUGCAGUUUCUCUGCUUUUGCGAAAAAGCAUGCGGCAGGCAGCGGUCGUGCUAGAAGGGCAGAGACAAAAGGAGACAAGGCGGCAAAGAUGGCGACAAUUUUUGUUAAGGCUAUGAAUCUCUACAGCUGAUACGCUAUAGAUAACUCAUCCUUGAAAAAGCAUUCUUGGUGAAAAGUAUAGUGGUGGAACAUUGCAGGGUCAGGGACUGACAUACUGUCGGGGAGGACUGAGACUAUGUAUUCUAUCUCACGACGAAGACCGAAUUCUCUCCCAUGCUUUUGAAGGAUGCUUAGUAAUCGAUGAUAUUAUUUAUUUGAAGGAUCAUGCUUCUCUAUGAUAGAAUAUUAAAGGUAAGAUAGAUACUAGACAUCGCAUAUGAUACAGGAGAAGCCAGGUGCUCUUCUAAGCUAGCGCAGGAAAAAUGAGGAAGAACUGCAAGCCAAACUGGGUACCACCACUCCAGUAAUGCUCCUGCAGACUUUAACGUCAAGCACCAGUGCUGCAUCUUCUGACUCGGAAGCGGAGGAUAAAGUUAAAGAGGAGAGGGAGAGCCAAAAUAACUACAUAGAAGAAGCAAUAAUAUUCGACGAGCACAAAAGUCCUGGAAAACAAGAGCCUCAUGAUACGGAUGAAGACAGAGAUAAGGUUGUAGAGUCUGACUCCUCAGUUGUAUCUUCAUCUUUGUCAUCACGACUUGCUUUAGAGGACGCGGAGGAAACUCGGAGUUCAACGAGGAAGAAACGAACAAGACCUACCAACAAGAAGAAGAGCCAGAACAAUAUUCAGAAUAUUUAUAUUAGUGGAAGAACCAGUCAACAAGGAGUUUUUCCUGCGUCAGGCUCUCAGCGCGAUGUUGAUUACCAGGUCCAGGUCGUAUCGCAACAAGAAGACCAAGAUCUUCGAGAAGGAGAUCACCAUGAUGGUAUAAGAGUCGUGGUGGAAGAGCUUAAGCAGCCACUGUCGUCCUUUCCUGGAACGAGGUGGGCAACUACAGCUCGAACUCAACUUAAGGGUAGGCUCAAGGUGCUUUUUUUACCGUUUGCUAUGGCUCUCCUAAGGGAGACGCCAGCCAUAGGAACGGGGUAAACGAACACCAAGCGCCUACCCCUAAAUCUAAUCGAGCUCCAUCAAGAAGUGCAUCAAGAAGCCCAGAAGCUCUCUCUUCAUCAACGCCUAUUUCUACUAUAUCUUCAUCUAGUAAAAUCGACAUGCAGAUGAUUGGAGAUAAUACGAAUACUGCAUAUAUGCAAGUAAACGGCAACAGUUUGAGGCCGCAGCCAGACUCGUCUUCUUCAAGAGAUCUACACCUGGGGUCUUCGUCUGGCACCAUAGAUUCCAAAUCUAGAGGAACACUAGAGAAAAAACGGGAUCAGUUACAACUUCUAGAGUUGCUGUCAACGCGGCGAAGCACAAAGCAGCGUGCUCAGAGGGCGGAGCACCAAAUAACCAGAGCAAAUGUUGAGUCGGAACAGCAUCAAUUUUUGAUGCAGGAACAGCAGAACUCACAGAUGCUGCAAGUAGCAUCAGGAGUGAAGGGUACAUCAACAGCUGCUUCCGCGAGAAGCGAGUCAUCAUUGUCGACAUCAAGAACUAGUAGAACAUCUAGUAGUGCUGCAUCUUCGUCGACGCAACACGGUAGAAGUAGAAGAACAAGAAGUACCUUCAGGAGUAGUACAAAAUCAGACCAAGCGUUGUCUUCGACAUCGGAGCAAACGCUGUCUUCCAGUGCCAUUUUGAGUAGUCAAGCUGAGAAACAAGGGUUAGAGAAAUUGCGAAGACUACUGGAUGCAAGUGGAGAAGAAGGGGAGACAUGGACAUCUCGAUCUCAUGAAGAAAUAACACUCGCUGAGAAAAAGCCAGGUCAGGAUUCUCUCGUUUCUGUUAGACGCGUGAUAAACAGGCCGCCUCGCGUCUUCUCGGAAGACGAAAUGAAUGAGCACUCGUUCAACAGGAUAACGCAUCGGCAGAUGGCAAGAGGAGAAGCUGGUGGCUCCUUAGGCUCUCUGCAUAGUGAGUUGGCGGAACUAAAACGAGAAUUGAGUAAAUCAAUCACCGUUAUGGCAACCGCUGAAGCAUAUCCUUUUUAAAAUGACCAUGAUUUUCCCUGGAUGUUCUUUUGCUACUUGAACAAGACCACCAUAAUAGAUAGUUUCCACCUUGGAUCUACUUCUUUUUCCACUUGAAAGAGAAGCGUUCAUAGAUACUCAUGACUCCCAAGGAUAUGACUUCCAAGGAUAUGACUCCACCCAAGGAUACGAACCCCCAGGGAAGCGCUAACACCCAUUUGCAGCGAGCCGCGUCUUUAACAUCCAAGAACACAAGCACUACAUCGCCGAGUAGUUCAUCGGUUACUAGCAACUCCUCUUCUACAAACGCAACUACAACAUUCUAUGGUGGCACUCCUGAUUGAGAACGAAGGAAAAGGAACGUCGUCCCCAAGGGCAAAAGAAAGAGGGAUGGAAAAGAACUUAUUACGGGUACAACGUUCCUCGUCGACGUUCUCAAUCAGUGGCAUCUUUCAAACCUUGCCUUCUGGUAGCAACCCUUCCGGUAGCAACUCCUCAUCUUCUGUGUCAACUACCAAUUUCACAUCUUCAACCGCAUCUCCAGCAUCCUCGUCUUCCUCGGGAGGCGCGAGUAACACUAUUGAAGUAG